CUGCGCACUGGAAGAGGCGUAACGGUUCGCCAUCUUAGUUUAUUGUGAGGAGGAUUCCGCUGUGUUAUCGCUUCAUUUCUGUGACAUCUUGGUAUAUAUCGAAGCGGAAAUAGUAGUUCAUGGUUUAUUAUAGAAUCAGUUGUUUCAUGGUGCUGGAAAAUUUGUGAUAAGUCGGUUUUGUUUUCUUGUUUCAGUGUUUUCCUACGACGAACUACUUUUGUUUACUUUUCAUAUUUCACCCGUGAAAGAUGGGGAACAGGGACGACGAAUAUGAUUAUUUAUUCAAAGUGGUGUUAAUUGGAGAUUCUGGUGUUGGCAAGAGUAAUCUUCUCUCUAGAUUUACAAGGAAUGAAUUUAACCUUGAGUCAAAGUCCACCAUUGGUGUUGAAUUUGCCACACGCAGCAUAGAGGUUGAUGGAAAGACAAUAAAGGCACAGAUUUGGGACACAGCAGGGCAAGAGAGGUAUCGAGCCAUCACUUCAGCAUACUACAGGGGAGCUGUAGGUGCUUUAUUGGUGUAUGACAUUGCCAAACUGCUCACAUAUACCAAUGUAGAACGUUGGCUGAAAGAACUAAGAGAUCAUGCUGAUCAGAAUAUUGUCAUCAUGCUUGUAGGUAACAAAUCAGACUUGCGCCACCUACGGUCUGUGCCGACGGAGGAAGCCAAGGCAUUUGCAGAGAAGGAAGGCUUGUCUUUUAUUGAGACAUCAGCGUUGGAUUCCACCAAUGUAGAGACAGCCUUCCACAACAUCCUCACAGAAAUCUAUCGCAUUGUCUCGAGGCAGCAGCUCCCAGACAGUGGAACGAAUGAGCCUCCUGGCGGUAAAUCAAUCACUGUGGAGCCCACCGAACCCCCCAGCGGAUCAUCCUCCAACAACUGCUGUGCCCGCUAACCCUCUCAUCCCCAUUUUACUGAAAAGCCUCUAGCGUUCCGUCUAUUCCAAGCCCACCUCCAAGUCCUUAUUCUUGACACCUGUCUUAUGUUAAUAUCAACACAAAUAACCACACACUCAUCACUCAGAAAAUUGCAGGUUGGUGGAAGACAAUGUCUGGUUGCAGGGGUUCUAAGGUUGUUUGAGGACAUGAUAAAUAUUGUUUGCUCAUCUUUAAUUCAAUCUCUGUUUAUCCUCCUUGUUCUCCACCAAUCUACAUUAUUAUCAGCAAUCUCUGCUGCUCCAGGCUGAUGUUCCCCUGGGUUAGUAAUAGCAUUACAGUGCUGAUUUUCAGUGUCUGCCAAGGGAGAAUUGGUAACAAAGAAAUGUGUGAUUAAGAAUCUACAUUAUAUACUUUAACAAAAACAUGUAUUCUAAGAUUGAUAUGAAAAAAAAAACAUUGUAAGGAGUAGGUUUGCCAUCUGUCUGUUUUUUGUGCAGAUAAAUAUAAUAAGCACCUAAAAGUAUGGAUUGCUGUAUUUUCUUUUCAUCAUGCCAUGUACGUUUGUUUAGUUUGAAAUUUGUGUUAAGGCUACAAAACAGUGGAUUAGUCACAUCUAAGCAAAAAAAAAAUAAGAAAAAAUUAAAAAAAGGGUGAUUGGAAUUUUUAUUUAUUUGUUACCUAGGUCACAUUGUAUAUUAAUUGCAAGCACCAUUACACCCAUCCCAUGUACUGUAAUAAGCAGAAAGCUUUCUUGCUUUCAUUCUAGCCGUCUUAUAACUGCAGCAUUGAAGUAUAGAAAAGUGUCAGUCCUUAUCCUAUUAAAGGAAAGUCUCCCAGCAUCAUGUUAUUGGGUGAUCCUUUGUGGAAAGUGGAUUGUGAUCACAUACCUCAGUAAUGCAGACUUUGUUCUUAUUUACAGAGGCAUGAGAGCCCUUGUUCAUAUCAAGUAAGCUGGCUGGUAGACACUAAACAGACAGAGAACUGUAUUGGCUGCCUUAUUUCCCUGUCAGUGAUACCCAGUAGUUUUAAUUGCAUAACCAAGUGUGAAACGUGAUUGAUUGGUGUGGAAUAUACACCUCAUAUUAGCUUUAGGGUAAAUAGUAGUUUUUCCAGUUAACUUGGGUAGAUACUUGUUGGUACCUAAGUUUUGCAGGUGAACACCAGUGGGAGUGUAAGUCUUUUGUUGCUGUGUGAUCUGGAGUUGAGUUGCUGUCACAUAAUUUGAGAUUGUAAGUCAGUAUGAGCUCUUACCAAAUUUAAUAAAUAAGCACAGCCUACAGAUUGUCUUGCUGGGGAAUUAAGUCCUUUCAUGUUUGCCAAAUAUUGUCUGUCAGAUUUAUUUCUCAUUUUCUUUCCUUUCAUGUUGGUAUGUUGCCUUCUGCCUUGUGUAAAGCUUCUCUUUUCAGUAGGACUCACAAUCUUAAUGAAUAUAAUGUCAGUGAAUAUCUUUUUUUAUUGUAAUUAUUAUCAUCAUCAAGUAUUUACAGAACAGCUUUUUGCAAAUGGAUUAAAGAAGUAACACAUAAGAACAUACAGUAUCAUUGAGAUGUAGCUAAAGUUACACCCCUUCAUAUAAUGGACUGUAAUGAUGUUCAAGUCUUGUGCAAAAAUCAUUGCAAACAAAAAAGCACUGGUUUCAGACCUUUCCUGGAUUUUUUCCCCUAUGUUCUGCAUAGCAUUUGAAAUAGUUUGCCAUCCUAGUGGGGCAUAGUGACUAUCCUCAAAAGAAUUCUGAAAUGGUUUUAAACUGCAUCAUGACUCCUUGAUUGGUAAGGAUGAUGCUAGAGCAAUUUAUUUUUUUUUUCUUCAAGAAACUGAUGAAAAAUAUAAUAUGAUCUAAAGUAUAGAAAAAGGGGUAUUCUAAAAACUAAUGUGAAUAUCAGCAGGAUUUUAUAUUGUGGCCAAACCAGUGAAUGAAGAGUUGAGAGUUGAAAAGGUCAAUCUUGUUGACUGUUUAGUAAUCAUCUUGUCCAAGGCAUAGUAUUUGACUAAAUAAGAAGAUUAGUUUAUCUUCAGGUAAUAGUACAGUGUUGAUCAGUGUGAUUUAUAUGGGUUAAAUUUUAUAUAAGUUAAAUAAAAAAAAUAAGUUUUAUGUAACAUAUAGUACAGUAGUUAUUCAUACAGUCAGAACUCUGUCUCACAGGUUUUAUUUUGGUAAGUGUAGUUUCAAAGAAAAGGGAUUUAGUUAAUGAUGUUAUUGUCUUGGCUAAGUUGAUUGUUAAAGUCAAGUCAUAAACUAAUUGGCUGUGUUUGGAUUAAAAAGUCGCUUAACAGUCAUGAUUGCUGGUAAUUAUAGUAAAAGAAUGUGUACAUAUAUAUAUAUAUACAACAACAUUUACAUAAUUGUUGGACAGUGAUUAUACUGUGGGCCUACACUAGGCUUAGAAUAAUUGUCAGUUGAAAAAUAAUAACUUUUGCUUCUUAAACAUACCCUCGAUCUCAUGUAAAUAAGAAUCAGCAAUCAGGAAUGAUAUGGGACUAUUUACAAUGCAAACCUUGCCGACAUUCUCAAGGUGGAAGUAGAUGUGUUGAUGUCUUACCUAUUGUAAGGGGUGCUUUCUGAGAGGAGAUCUAGUAUGCCUCUGAGUUCUAUCUGUAGUAUGUUUCCUAUGGGUUAAUAUAAUCAUAAUAAUCAUUUUGAAUAAGUUGUAUAUGUGCUUAUUAAGUUUUUUUUCCUUGGUGAUUCAAUACCAAAUUGUCUGUACGAGACAAUAUUAGCAAUUGGGAGCCUUUUGGUGUACUUCUUUAAGACUCAAGCUUAUCAAACUACACAGUGUUUGUCUUAAAAAGGUAAUGCUCUAGGCAUUAUUGUUGCCAAUAUUGUCUUGUAUAAAUGUGAUUGACAUGUCAAGUGUAGCCCUGGUUUCACGCUUGCAUAGGAAAUUUUGUAAAGCAAUGUAAAGAAGCACAUUAUUUGCAAUAAAACAAUGCUAAAUAUUUACAAACUUUAAAA